CAAUAAUAAACAAACAAAAAGAGAACAAUAUUACGUAUCCAACCGAAGAAAAUCAUCGAUCAAUUUUAUACAAUACCCCAUUAGAAGAAUUGCGAGGAUGGCUUGUCUGCAGAUUAGAAGAUGGUAAUCUACUCCCUUUAUCGAAUGUCCAAAAACAAUACGAGAGUAUUUUACAGCGAUAUUAUGGAACAUAUGAUCAAUCAAUUAUCAGAUGUGAAAUAAUCAGAAAGCAAUUAGAAAAACAUUUUAAUAAUGAAUUUCAUUUUGAAACGUUAUCAAAUAGAGGAGGAACGUACGUUGCUUUAAAUAAUCUUAGUUAUUAUACAAAAUUAGCUUUAUUGUCAUCGUCGUCAUCAACACUAACAAUCGACGCCGGAACCAGCGAUGAUUGUUCAACAAAUGAAAAUAAAAAAACAACAUGUGAAACAUUACUUGAUGCUAUUGAAUUAUUACGUGCAAAUAUAAAAGAAAAUUAUUAUCUAUUAAAGAAAUUACAUGUGGAUCAAGAAAAACUAGCUGAAUUUACCACGAACUUAUAUAA